AUAUAAAAGAAGAAAAACACACUACAUUGCACAUUAUUUGUGAAUGAAUGAAAAAAAGCCAAUAAAACAAUACAAAAAUAAAAUAUAUUUAAAUUAUAAUUGUGGAAAAGUAAUAAAUAAAUAAUGAAUUCAUCAAAAAUUGAAGAAAAACAAGAACUCAGCAAAGAAGAUGCCAAAGAAGACAUUGGCAAUAUAAAUGGCCAUCUAAGCCAAACAACGACGACAAUGGAAUCAUGUGCUGAUGAACCAAAAACAAAAAUUGUUAAGCUACAAACCCCACAAGAACCUCAAACUAUAGACUUGACCUUAAGACAACCAUAUUCUCAGGAUGAUUUUGCUAAAAAUUUACAGCAAGAAUGGUUUAAAGAAUCUAAAGAAGAUUACCUAGAUUCUGCUACACAAGCAGCCGUAUAUACGGAUCCAUUUCAAAUUUGUCUCUUGCCCGAGCUAUUGGAAAACAAAGAAAGCUGCAAGUUGUUGGUGAAAGAAAUGGUGGAAAAGGUACAUUGGUCGCGCAAACAAAUGGACUUGUAUGAAUUCUAUCAGAGUACCGAUCUAUCCAAUAUGAUUGAAUGUAAAUUUUUGGCAAAUUUCUUGCAAAUGUUAAGGCGUUCAGUAAGACCCUGGUUAGAAAAGGUUACUAAUUUAAAAUUGGACUAUGUGUCUGCCUCUUGUUCAAUGUACACCUGUGGCGAUUACUUGCUGGUACAUGAUGAUUUACUAAAAGACCGACAAAUUGCUUUCAUUUAUUAUCUAUCACCGUGGGAAAACAAUGAAAUGUGGUCUGACGAACAGGGAGGAUGUCUAGAAAUAUUCUCCAGCGAUGAAAAAUCCCUGCCUCAGUUUCCAGUGAAAAGAAAAAUUUCGCCCAAAAAUAAUCAAUUCGCCUUCUUUAAAGUUGGCUCCAAGUCUUUCCAUCAGGUGGGUGAAGUGACAACAUUUGAUUAUCCUCGCUUAACUAUUAAUGGCUGGUUCCAUGGAGCUUCGAAUGAUGACUUAGUUGCAGAUGCUCUGAGACCCUUCAAUAAACUACAAUUCAAACCACCCACAGAACCAACAUCUGAGUCUAUAGACCACCUCUUAAAUGAGGUCUAUCUUAAGCCAACCACAAAGCGCAGUAUUCAAAAACGUAUAGAGGAUAAUUCGGAAAUAUGUUUGUAUGAAUUUUUCCGUCGUGAGAUAUUUGAAGAAGCUUUAAAACAGCUGCUCAACGAUAAUUCACUCAAAUGGUCUCGCCAAGGUCCUGCCAAUGCACAAAAUUACGAAGUUUUAGACUUGAGCACCAGCUCGAAAACGAUAGAAAAACUUUUGCAAACAUUUUCCAACAAGGAAAUGUUUUCUUUACUACGAGACUUUACCGAUUUGGAUUUAUCGGGCCCAAAUUGUUCUAAGCCUACCUUUAGUUUGGAAGUACAAAGAUGGUCUCACGGUGAUUACACCGUUUUAGGAGACGGUGCCAUAUGUGAAGAUAAUACUUUAGAUUUAAUCUAUUACUUGAAUGCUUCUGAAGGUGCAGCUGUAAUAACGUAUUUGUCACCGGACACGGAUCAAGCCCAUCCCUCGCAGAACCACUCUAGUCAAAGUGAUACCGAUUCACUAGAGGGCGAGGGCUUUGACGACGAUGAUGAGUCUGUUUUGCUGACUAUAACACCCGUGGACAAUGCUCUCAAUAUUGUUUAUCGUUGUGAGGGCACAACUAAAUUUACAAAAUAUGUUUCCCGCAAUACCCCAUUGGAUAAGGGACCCGUUUUUGUUAUUUCGUGCAGUUAUAAGGAAUAAUUAAAUUUAAUUUCUUCUCAAAGAGAAGUUUAAUUUUCGAACGGAUGCACAAUGUUUCAUUUCAAUUGGACGUAUCACACUGAAUUUCUAUUUAGUCGUUAGUUUGGUUAUUUUCUAUAUUUUAUUUUCGUAUUAACACAUUUGUUAAGAUGAACAAUUAAGAGCAUAUAAAUAAAUAUUGUAAUAUGAAAA